CGCCAGCCGGUUGAGUGACGUCGAAGUAAACAAACCAACCCCAACUCGACCCAACGUUGCAAGAGAGCUGCUAGGCAUUCCCACAACGGCAAGCCAGUGAGCGCAAUACGGGACAAUGCUUCUCUGAUAUUUGGUCAUUAGUUUUAGCCUCCCCUUCUCUCAAGCAACUUCCAGCCGUUUUGCCAACAUGUUAGGCUGGUUGGCUGGUUCCGCACGCGGUGAGUACACCGGCUUUGCAGACGAUUCCAAAGUCCAGGAAGCUCCAGAAACCCCCGCUCCUUUAUUUGCUUUUCGGGCAUUCAAAAGUGCCUUUGUGGGCACGCCAGGCCCCGAUGCCACCGACGACGAGCUUACAGUUCCAAUUAAAUCAUUAAAGCCCACCGUCAAUCGCAAGGGCACUGAUAUACAUAUGCCUCCAAAAAAAGAAAAUCCAGGCCCUUUAGAUUUGCAACCAUCCCUUCGAAAGUCAGAUGAACCUGCACCGCCGAUGGCUUCCCCCACAAAGAGCAUUCUGCUCACACCAGGAACUGCAGCGACGCGACGGAAGACUGUAUCGUUUGGUGAAGGAGUUGUGGACAAUGAACGAAAGAAGUCUCCCUUCGAAUCGACUGCGUAUAAUGGUAAUAUAAGCCGGCAAUGGACAGGCAAACUACACGAGGGAAGCGGUAAAAAAAGCAGCAAGCUCACCAAAUCUCUCAUCGAGGCUCGGAGCAAAAAAUCAGGUGAAGAAAUGAAACGAAAUGAAAAUGACGAGCUUUUCGAUAUUAUGGAUCGAAAACCUCACUCACCUGCUAAGGAGACCUCCAGGCCCAAGGGGAAUCAAGAUCCACCCAAGGAUAGGUAUGAAGACGAAAGCGAAGACGAUGUGACGACAAAUCUUGACGAGCCACAUUCACAGUCAGGGAUAUAUUGGAAAUCUGAAUUCGAUAGUUAUAGGGCGAAAACUGAACGAGAGAUUAAAAAGCUGAUUCAAUACCGAUCAGUUGCGAAAUCUUACGCGAAGAAAAAGGAUUUAGAAAUGCGGCGUUUAUCAGAAAAGUUGAAACGAGAAGAGGCCAAAGUUUCGGAAAUGGAGCUUCACGUUUCUAAGCUUGCAGCUGGAAUGGUAGACGGCACGAACAAAACGGGGUCAAAUGAAGACAUGUUUAAAGAGCUAUCCGAACAGACAGCCUUAGCUGUACAGUAUAAGCGCAAAGCAGAUUCGCUACGGAAGGCUCUAGAGCGACACGGGAUGAUAGACAGCGAUGGCGAGUCUCAAGAACAUAAUACAGCCUCAGAGGACGUUUGCCAAAAACUCCGGGAAACGGAAAAGGCACUUGAAUUGGCUAAUUCCAAGCUCGAGGCGUUAGAAAAUAACAAAUUGAAUACAAAGAAGCUUCAAGGCCUAGCUGAGAGUUCAGAACGUAAAGCCAUCGAACUUCAAAAAGAGAACAAGGCAUUGAAACUGAGUCUCGCCAGGUUCAAGGAGGAGAUGACGAGCUAUGAGGACAGGCGGAAAGCUAAGGAAGCGAGGCUAAGGCAGAAAGAGCAAAAGCUGCAGGACCGAGUUCAGGAGUACAAGAACCGUUUAGAUGAGGCGAAGCAACACCACCAAGAAGCGGAGCAAUUUUUAAAACAAUCCUUUACCGAAGAAAAGCAACACAUGCAGGAUAUUAUCGACUCGCUCCGUCACAAUAUAUCACUUGUGGAAAACGUUUCUCAUGGCAGUGUUAGGCGGAAAGGUGAAAUCAAAGUAUUGCCAAACGCUGCGGAUAUGAAACGUGAGCAUGACACAGUGGAUAGGCAAGAUGGGAAGUAUGACUCUCGCAAAGGAACUGAAUCGGGAACUCGAAUUUCCCAGGGUUAUAAAGAUAUAAAGGCGGAAAGCCCCAGAAAAGACCUUGUCCAAAAUGCAAGUGAUCCUAGACGCGACAGCUUUCGAAACACCCUUAACGAACAUGUUGAUGCGAUCGAACCCCAACCACACGUGUUUGAGCGACAUGGGACUAGACCUGAGCGCACUACGCGGCGUCGAACAGACACUUUGAUUGACUGCAGUGAGGACCACAACGAGCCAACGACCAACUUGGAAGAUUCUCCUGCUCUGCCCAAAAAUCGCGUUACCAGAACUCUUCCUUAUCGAGAUAAUCCCCCGGUCCCGCCCUCUUCACCACCUACCCUUCCAUCAUUGGAGAACAGCCCGGUGUCCUCACCUGACAAGCGAACGCCAAGACUACGUCUACAAGCGCGUUCAGCGUUGUCCCCAAGACCCUCGAUGGUCCAUAUAUCUUCAAACCCGACAAACCCUCCGGCAAGACUUUCAAGUCAGUAUCAAAGUCACCUCAGACGGAAAGUCAGCGGGACCCGUGUGCUUUCGAGGACCUCUGCCAAGGCUGCAGCGGCCACGGCGACUAAUCGUCAGGUCCCCUUCCAGCGAGAGGAGUCUAUACUCCGCGGCAGUGACUCCCCUAAUAGUCCCGCGAGCCUAAAACGUGAUUCACUUCCAGCGGAUAGAGUGGCGGCAGCUAUGAGGCGACUCAAACUCAGGGAUCAGAGGAAAAGGGUAAACGCUGAGGGGAAAGAAAAUGUUUGGUCAGCUUGAUUUGCAUUCCUCUUUCUCGUCUUUGUUUUAGUGGGCGUGCUAGGGGACUGGUGACAGGACUAAAGGCUUGAUGUUGGAUUGGGUUUUGUUAUUUGGUUUCUUUUUUUU